ACAAAUUGAAGAACUCACCUCUUCACCUCCAAUUCUCCUCACCACAAUUAAUGGCGACGCAUCAAAACACUCUUCUCUUCUUCUCCCUCUCCUCCUUCUUCCUCUUCUCCCUCUCCGCACCAACUCUUCAACAGAAUUAUUAUGCGGACAUCUGCCCCAACGUCGAAACCAUCGUCCGCUCCGCCGUCGCCGCCAAGUUCAAGGAAACCACCGUCACCAUCCCCGGCACUCUGCGCCUCUUCGCCCAUCAUUGUUUCGUCCAGGGUUGUGAUGGGUCUAUUCUGAUAACCUCGACGCCGGAAAAUACGGCGGAGAGGGAUCAUCCGGAAAACCUAUCGAUCGCCGGCGAUGGGUUCGAUACCGUGAGAAGAGCGAAGGAGGCGGUGGAUGCGGUGGCGGAGUGCCGGAAUAAGGUUUCCUGUGCGGAUAUCCUCGUCAUGGCCACCAGGGAUGUUGUUUAUUUGGCUGGUGGGCCAUUAUAUGAGGUGGAGCUGGGCAGAUUGGAUGGGCUAAGCUCAACAUCGGCGAGCGUGAAUGGGAAAUUGCCGCAGGCGAGCAAUAAUCUUGACGAGCUAAACGCCAUUUUUGGUGCCCUCGGACUCUCUCAGGAAGACAUGAUUGCUCUCUCCGGUGCUCACACAAUUGGUUUCUCACACUGCAGCAACUUUGCGAACCGGAUCCGAAAUUUCAGCAACGACGAACCGGUUGACCCGAUCCUGAACCGGACCUACGCGGCCCAAUUGCAGAGCCUGUGCCCUCCCAAUGUGGACCCCACUAUUGUAGCCGCUUUUGACCCCACCAGCCCCUUUCGGUUCGACAACCGUUACUUCAAAAAUCUCCAGAUGGGCAUGGGCCUUCUAACCUCUGACCAGACGCUCUACACGGACCCAAGAUCAAGGCCCACAGUCAAUACGUGGGCUCAAAACGACCAACUUUCAGCACAGUAUUUUAUUUUGGCAAUGACCAGAAUGGGUCGGGUGGGUGUGAAAACCCAGCCCGAUCAGGGCAACAUCCGCCGCAACUGCUUCGCUUUUAAUUAAUUAAUUAAUCAGCCGCAUAAUUGCAACUUGGGGGAGGUUAUCAUCGUCAUAUUGGAAUGUGGCGAAUUUGAGUAAAUUUAUAAUUGAUUUUUUAGAAGAUAAUUAUUUUUUAUUAUUAAUCCAUUUCAGCUCAUUGUAGUUUUCGGGAAAAUUGAAGCAGCAAGUCAUAUUGUAAAGCUCAGAGCGAA